AUGAACGAACAAAUUGAUAACCCGAUCGGUGAAUCGAUUCAGGGAGUCGUGCCUCCUGCGGGGACUUCAGACGACCUGCCGAGCGAAACUGAUAUUUCUCAGACGACGGAGGAAGCUGAGAGAUUCGCAGCGGACCUGAGUCAACGCUGCAGGCGCCUCUUGGAAGAGGUAGAGAUUUUUGAAUCUUUGAUCAACUCCCAGCGACGAGAGCUACCUACGCACUGCGGAACCCUCGACCGCCAAAGGUUCCGCGUGGGCUACGAUAACUUGGACGCCAAAGUGUUCAAGCGUGAACUAUUGAGUGAGAAGAGUCAGCUAGAAAAGGCUGGGCCCAAAUCCAUGGUGAAACUAGUAUCUAUGAACCUGCCUCGUCUGGAAUCAGUUUGGUCCGUGUGCAAAUCAUGUAAUUCUGUCACUGCGCUUGGGAAGAAGUUUUACUGGAAGUUUGGCAAGGUCAAUGGAUACCCCAAGGAACGAAUUUUGAGGGGAUAUGGCGCAUAUUCUGUGAAGGUAGAUAUUGUUUCCGAUAGCGGAUUUGAAUGGGUCAAAGUGUGCUGGGUCACAGAGAAGACGUUGCUCUUUGAUAUGGCCAAACUCGGCUUGGUCGAUUCAUCAGAUUCCGAUGAGAGUGAACCGAAUGGGGCUGCCGACAUGGAAGAAGAUGUGCCGCGUAUCCUGAGACAGGCAAGAGCUCUCAAAAAAGCUGCGGAUGCAACGCGGCUGAAGUAUCGACAUCCCAAACUUCGCAUGGUCUUUCCUCGACUCAACAAGGUCGAGGCUUCAGAUACAGUCUGCAAGCUUUUGCAGCAAAUCAAAGAUCUAGAGAUUACAGUUGAGACUCUCGAGGACUUACCGCCGUCGCGUCCUAUUGCCGAGGCUUUACCAGUCAUGGCUGCGCAACGUCACCAGUAUUUCGGCCAUUCACUCAAUCUUGACUGUACCAUCUUGCUGGCGCUCAUCAGUGACUUGAGCCAUGGGUCAGUCGAACCACAAGAUUGGCACUGUGAUAUGAUAGUCUCGCAGAUAAAGCUCGAGGAAUUGCAUCACUUGUUACCCGAGAGCAUCUAUCCUGUCAUGGCUUCUCGAAGACUAGUCUGUACUAGAGAGGCGGCGACCCGCAUGAUUGAAAUAGCAGAAUCUCUUGGAACAGAGGCUGAAAAAGCCCGGACUGCUCUCAUAUUUGAUCGUCAAUGUACCCUUGACAAAGAGGAGUCAUCAAUCCUAGAGAGAUUCCAGAAGCUCUCGAAUUAUGUAGUACCUACAACUCUGUGUUUGCCAGUCGAGAUAAUUGAUUUUGACCUCCCCGAGCUCAUGGAAAAACUUCCACCUUUUGUCAAAGAAAUAUUUCCCCGCUGCUUUACUGCCAUAAAUCAAUCAGUUUUUCUCUACGGUUGGCAUUCUGGCAUUACAACGCUCAGUAGCAAUGAAUCGGUCUCGCGCAGAGUAGAGCUAGUAGUAGAGGAAAAUCGACUCGAUGACAACAUGGGAGGCCCAGACAUAUGGGUUUGCCCAUCCUCGCGAUCUUUAGUGGGUAAAGAGAAGAAAAGAAGGGGGCCGGUACCAGUACUAUCUAGACCCGAAAUAGUCGGCCCUAAAGAAAUGAAAAAGAGGGAGAAGCUAGCCAAAUCUAUUCUUUUAGAAACAGGAGAAGAUUUUGAUGGAGUUCCCGAGCUUGCCGAUGAAAAAUUCAUUAGCGAACCUUCGCUCCUUAAUAAACCCUCUAUUUAA